UUGAGUGGAAGUGCAUUUUCCCUGGUAGUUGCUGGAUAUCUGAGUAUUUCAUCGAACAUGAAGGUGCUGGGGAUUUCUCUGCUUCUGGAAGUUUCAGGCUUCUUUUCAGUUUUAUCCAGCCCUUCCCCUCCAGUCCAUUGCCACUGGAAUGCUUUUGGCCCCUGGUCUGAGUGUGAUGGCUGUACUCAAAAACAGAUUCACAGACGGGCAGUAGGAGUUUAUGGCCAGUAUGGGGGAAACCCUUGCUCUGGGGAUGCCUUUGAAACACAACCGUGCACCCCUACAAGAGGAUGCCCAACAGAGAAUGGCUGUGAUGAUCGGUUCAGGUGUUUCUCAGGUCAAUGCGUUAGCAGAUCUCUUGUGUGCAAUGGAGAUCAGGAUUGUGAAGAAGAUGGUGCAGAUGAAGAUAAAUGUGAAGAGAAAAGGACUGUAUGUGAUAUUGAUAAAACACCUCCGAAUUCGGAACUUACAGGAACAGGCUUUGAUGCCAUUACCAGUGAGGCUAGGGGAAGAGUCAUUCAUACAAAAAGCUUUGGAGGACAGUGCAGAAAGGUCUUUAGUGGUGAUGGCAGAGAAUACUACAGGCUGAGUGAAAGCGUUCUUGCUUAGACUUUCCAGGUUAAAAUUCAGAAUGAUUUCAGUUAUGAGUUUUUCAAUAGCAGCUGGUCUUAUAUGAAAUACACUGAGAGGUAUGAAAAAUCAAACAGAGGCCACAGUAAUUCACAGAGUAAAAUUCAGCUACACAGUCAAAAGAGUAAACAGCUGAUGGUUGUUGAGAACAGUGUCGAAAUUGCUCAGUUUAUUAACAGCAGCCCAGACUUCCUCACUCUGGCGGAGCCCUUCUGGAAAGAACUGGCCAACCUUCCAGUCAUCUACAAGUACAGUGCCUACCGAAGACCUAUUGAACGUUUUGGGACUCAUUUCUUACACUCUGGAUCUCUAGGAGGAUACUACAAAGUUAUUUUUUAUAUGGAUACUGACAAAAUGAAAGCAGAAGGUAUGAGUAUUACAGACAUGUAUGAGUGCACAACAUCUGGCUGGAAUGCAUUCAUUGUGAAAAAGAAGAAGGUGAAGUGCUCCAAACUGGAUGAACUGCUACAGACUUCUUCAGGAAGCAGUGGUAAUAAUAUUAAAGGGGAUCCCUACAUAGAAGGUGGAAGCCCCGAUGCUGUUGCUGGACUUAGUUAUUUAGAGCUGAAUAAUGCUGCUGGUAACAGUCAGAGAUACUCCUCUUGGGCCAGAUCAGUGACAGACUACCCCAAAGUUAUUAAACAAAAGCUAACACCAUUACAUGAGCUGGUAAAGGAAGUGCCCUGCUCCUCAGUCAAAAAGCACUACCUAAAGCAAGCCAUUGAAGAAUAUAUGUCUGAAAAUGAUCCCUGCAAAUGUCAGCCUUGCCAGAAUGGUGGUGAGGCAACCGUGGAAGGAACUCAGUGUGUGUGUUACUGCAAGCCUUACACUUUUGGAGCAGCUUGUGAGAUGGGAACUCUCGUGCAAGAUCAACCAGGUGUUGUUGAUGGACACUGGAGCUGCUGAUCUUCCUGGAGUCCUUGUUCAGGGGGAAGGAAGCCAAGGAACCGGACAUGCAGCAACCCGUCCCCGAGCAGCGGCGGGCAGGCCUGCACAGGAGAGCAGCAGGAAGCCAGGCCCUGCGAACCACAAGAGUUGCAACAUUUUCGCUUGAUUGAACCACACUGCUUUGAUUUAUCCAUGACUCCUACUGAAUUCUGCUCACCUCCUCCUCUUUUGGAAAAUGGAUUUGUUCAAAAUUCUGAAAAUUUGUACCCUGUUGGGAAAAGCAUUGUUUAUGCUUGCAGACAUGGAUAUUCUCUUGUUGGUGAUCCUGUUGCUAAGUGUGGUGAAAAUUUACAGUGGCAAGUUGGAGACAGAUACUGCCAGGAAACCGCUUGUCUCCUGCCUGUACUGGAGAAGGGGUUGCAAGGAGAGCCUUGGAAACCUGUAUAUGAGAUUGGUGAGAGAAUUUUUCUGUCUUGUCCUCAUGGCAUGCACUUAGAAGGAGCACACUCUAUUUUGUGUGAGCCCAGUCUCAAAUGGUCUCCUGACAUGAAGACUAUCCAGUGCAAGGGACCAGUGCCCAGUUUGAAACCAGAAGUGACAGAGCCUAAAUGUCAUCCAUGGGAGAAAGUACAUCAGUCACAAUGUGUGUGCAAAAUGCCCUAUGAGUGUGGUCCCUCCCUGGACAUCUGUGCUACAGAUCAAAGAACCAAGAGAAACAUACCUUUAACUGUUUGCAAGAUACAUGCCUUGGAGUGUAUGGGCAGAAAAUACUCUCUUGCUAACACAGAAAACUGCAAAAUGCCUCAGGCAGCUGAAAUAUGUGGAUCAUGCCGUUCAUGGGAAAAGUGCAAUGUACAAUCCAACAUCUGUGUUUGUAAAGAGGAUGGGCUGUUUGAGGAGGGACGCAUUGAGAUCUGUGCUGAAGUGAGCGGCUCUGCUGCCCGUCGGACUAUGACCGAGUGUGAGGCCGGGCGGCUCAGAUGCUGUGGGGACACCCUCAUCAGCGUAAGGCCCUGUGACCUACAGAGAAAAUAGGAUAUGUUAUGGUUCAUUUUGCUUAUUGCCAUGGGAUAUGUCAGAAUGUGUCAACGCUUGGCAGGUUGUAUUUUAAACCUUGG